CAAUGGCGCUUGAACUCAACAAUCACUUCUUGUGCUUUGUUGUACUCAGGAUUUCGAUGGGAUCGGCAGUGGAUAGUUGUAAACUCCAAAGGCAGAGCAUGUACUCAAAGAGUAGAGCCAUCGCUUGCUCUAGUUGAGGUUGAACUUCCGAAGGAGGCAUUAUUAGAGGGCUGGGAACCCAAUCCAAGCUCAUUUUUAGUGAUAAAGGCCCCUGGUAUGGAUGUGCUUAAAGUCCCACUGGUUGAGCCAUCUGAAGUAGCAAAUGGUGUCUCAGUGUGGGAAUGGUCUGGCUCUGCUUUGGAUGAAGGAGAUGAAGCAUCAAAAUGGUUCUCCAACUAUCUAGGGAAACCUAGUCGUCUCGUACGUUUCAAUGAAGGUAUACUUCUGUCUGGCCAUAUUGAUGGUUUUGUUACUUCUGCUUAUAAAUUUCCCUUAGUAAUCCACCAAAAUUAGUGUGUAGUUUGUAACUUCAUUGUAUCACGUUUACCCUUGAACUGCUUUUGAACAUUUAACAUUAGAAGCUUCAACCCAGACAAAUAAAAGAUCAAUGUAAUAUUA